AUGUCCUCUAACUUCUACACCUCCACCCACGCCAAAUACUGGCUCCUCACGCGCUCGGAACUGCACGCCGCGCGCGAGACGGACCAGCGUUACGCGACACCGCACCAGCUCUACUGCCUCAACAUCUUCUUCGCCUCGCUCAUCCAGAAGCUCGGCAAGCGCCUGCUCCUGCGCCAGACGCCCAUCGCGACCGCCAUCGUCUACUUCCGCCGCUUCUACGCGCGCAACUCGAUCUGCGAGACGAACCCGUAUCUCGUGCUCGCGGCGUGCGUCUUCGUCGCCGCCAAAGUCGAGGAGACUCCGGUACACAUCAAGAGCGUGGUUGCAGAGGCCAAGGUCGUGUUCGGCGAGCACAACAUCAAGAUGUUCCCCGCCGAGCCGAGCAAGCUUGGCGAGAUGGAAUUCUACCUCUUGGAAGAUAUCUGCUUCUGUCUCGUUGUCUUCCACCCGUACCGCGCCCUGGUGAACAUCUGUGGGCGCGAGCCGGCGGACGCGGGCCGAUUCCCCAAGACACGGGCGGAGGAGGACGCAGAGGUGCGCCGGAAAGACGCCGAAGAAGCGAGGAAACGAAACGACGAAGCCAAGGCCAAGGGUGCUGCGGGGUCGGCCGCACGGCUUCCCGUCGAAGACGAGGGUGGAGAGGGGGAGGCGGAGCGCAUCCGCCGGCUCAUGGGGCGCGGGAGCGGCGAAGGGCUGAUGGAGGUGGAAGAAGGCGCGCUGCAGAUAGCCUGGUUCGUGAUCAACGACUCGUUCCGCACCGACGUGCCGCUCCUGUACCCGCCCUACGUCGUCGCGCUCGCGGCCCUCUACAUCGCCUUCACGCUCACCUCGGCGUCGGGGACGAGCGCGCGGAGCACGCGCUCGUCGACGCAGGUCGGCACGAUCACGCAGGCGAUCGAGAGCAACGCAGCUCUCGGGCUGCCGCCCCCACCGAGCGGGGCGGCCGAGUUCCUCGCCUCGUUCCAGGUCUCGCUGCCCACGCUGUUCGCCUGUGUCCAGGACAUCAUCUGCCUCUAUCCUAUCUGGGAGGCGUUUGAGCCGUCCCCCACAAGACCGGGGCAGCCGCAGCCGGCGCAGGGCAAGGGACCCAAGUUUGGGCCCGACGACGCUGAGGCGCUGGUGCGCCGCAUGAUCGAGGAACGGAUGGUGGACCUGGGACAUCCAGACGACGCCGGGGCGGGCGCAGAGGAACCGCCAAAGAAGCGCCAGCGCACAUGA